UGAACAAUACAACGAUUAAAUCCAUCGCGGGAUCGAUAGAAGUCCCUUACAACACUACGCCUAGGCUCAUUUCUCCGGUGAUUGACUGCAACUUAAGAAAAAUUAGAUCGCCACCUCACCGCUCGAUGGCAUCGAGUUUUUUCGAGCGCUCGCUAAUGGCGUCUGCCUUAUCUCAGCCCUAAUGUCCUUAUGCGGGCGACAAUAACAAGAUUUUGACACAUUAAUGAAGCGCGGAUUAUUUGGAUUUGGAACAAUCAAAGGGACUGUACAGGGCGCUGUUUUAGUUAAUGUGUGCUGAAGAAGUAGUCAAGGAAGAGUCGGAGGAUGCAAGCAGCCUGUCGGACUUCCGUUGUUUGUUAAUAACAUAACCCUCCUUCUGGCACAGUCGAGUAAAAAGUGUUGCCGACAGCGCCCCAUCGAUUCCCGCGCAAACAUCAAGUCGGCGUCCACGUGACCAGUAACAAUUUCAUUCCACGCCCAACGCCGCAUCGAGCAGACGUGUUACAUUAAACUAAAAAAGACGCAUUUGUAUUAGAAAACUCAUUUAACAUGCCAAGAAAAAAAAUCAGACCAGGAAUAUGGCUGGCACACGAGCUCGCACUUAUCAACGCUGUGAAGAAGUACCCAAUACUUUACAAGAAGGAUUACCGAUCAAAGGAAGAUGCGACGGAGGAAUGUUGGGAAGUCAUCUCGGCAGAAGUUGGAGUCCCUAAAGAUCAAUGCGUAGUGAAUUGGAUGAAGUUAAGAAAAGAUUACUUCGGAACAAUACACAGUCGACGAAAAUGUCUGCAGUUCCAUGAAUCACCUCUAAGUUUUCUAGAUUGUAGCAUUUUCGACAAAAUCUAUAAGAGUGCAUCAGAUAGUAAGAAGAAAAACAAAAAUAAUUACGUCGCAGAAUGUGACCAAGACUCAUUAAGUGAUAAGGAAUUUAUGACUGAUGAAGAAUUAAAAAAUCUUAUAAAACCAAAAAAAAAGAGAAAUAUUUCAACGCUUAGAUCUCACCCAAAUAGAAGUUUACCACAAACGUCAAUUCCAAAAUCAAAAGUCAUGAUUGCUGGAUCACACACCACUAAAACUGAUGAAAAGAAUUUACCAGAGACAGUUACUGAAAUUAAAAUAGAGGUACCAGAUAUAGAUGACACGGAUGCAAAUGAAAGCAACCCUAAAAGAUUUAAGCCAAGCUCUGAUACUCCUUUAGAAUUUGAAAUACCAGCAACGACCAGUGUUGUGAAACAAGAAGUUGAAUAUAACCCGACAUUGACUGAUCUGUCUGUUGGUCUAGCUUCUAAAGAUGCUAAGACAUUUUACAAUGAAGUGGCUAGUUAUAUCACUAGCAAGUUUUCAGCUAAGAAGCAGACAGACAUACAGCUACGGAUCUACACUUUAUUGACACAUAUAGAAUUAGAAAAGUUGAAAGCCGCAAAGCAAUGAUUUAAUUUUUAUUUUUGACAUUCAUAUUUUUUCAUUUUUGACAUUAAUGUAAUUGUAAUGUAAUGACU